AUGCCUCACGGGGAGCCUAUCACGGACGACCGCGUCAUCCAUCACAGCGCAGCAGAUGAAGUCAACAAGGCGGUGGCGAAAAUGCAAUCUGGAGGAGAGAACAAGUAUGCCGUCAUUAUCGACGCCGGAAGCACUGGGAGCCGGAUCCACGUGUACCAGUUCAACCCCAAUCUCGAACUGAUGGAGAUCGGCGAUGACUUGGAGUUGUUUGUUGCGCUCAAGCCAGGUCUGAGCUCGUUCCGCGAAAACGCCAAAGGAGCGGCGGACUCGCUCCGUCCGCUUAUCGACAAGGCGCUCACCGUCGUCCCUGAGGAAGUCCGCUCCACCACGCCCAUCCGCGUCGGAGCAACGGCUGGUCUGCGCCUUCUCCCUGGUGACCUCGCUGACAACAUUCUCCAAGCCGUCCGGGAGAUGCUCAAGGAGUACCCCUUCACCUUCGCUGCCGAUUCCGUCAAGAUCCUUGAUGGCGCCGACGAGGGUUCCUUCGCGUGGGUAACUGUGAACUACCUCCUGGGCAAUCUCGGCAAGGACAUCAGCCACACAGUGGGGGUGGUGGAUCUGGGCGGCGGGUCCGUGCAGAUGACGUACGCGGUGCCUGAUGACGUGGCAGCGAAGGCGCCCGAGGGUUACGUUCGGAGGCUGAGCGGAAUGGGCAAGACGUACGGGGUUUACGUGCACAGCUACCUGGGCUUCGGACUGAUGGCAGCGCGCGCUCAGGUGCUCAAGGCGAAGCCACCAGGCAGCGAGGGACAUGCAUGCUUACCCAAGGGCACUGACGACAAGUACGUGUAUGGCACAGAGGAGGUCCAGGCACAUGCGCUGCCGACGGGAGGGAGUGCAGCGGAGUGUGCACUGAUCGCAGCAAAGGCGUUGGAACUGGGAGGGGCCCUUGCUGGCGACCCUGCUCCGUCGUGCUCCUUCGAGGAGUGCACAUUUGGAGGGGUGUGGAGUGGUGGUCGGGGUCAGGGCGCGUCGAAGCUCUUCAUUGCGUCGUACUUCUUUGACCGGGCUGGCCAGGGUGCAUCCAAGCUCUUCAUUGCCUCGUACUUCUUUGACCAGGCUGGCCAGGGGUGUGGGAGAGGGGGUCGGGGCGAGGGUGCUUCCAAGCUCUUCAUUGCUUCAUACUUCUUUGACCAGGUGGGUCAGCUUGGCGUUAUUCCCGACCCCAAGGCGUCAUCAGCUCCUGUCAAGGCAAAGGACUUCGCAGCGGUAGCUGAGGCUGCCUGUGCUACACCCUUGGAGGAAGUCACAAAGAAGUUUCCUGCGGUGGAGGGCAAGGACGCUCCAUACAUGUGCCUGGACGUGGUGUACCAGCACAAGCUGCUCACCCAUGGCUUCAGAAUUGAUGAUGCAGCAGAACUUACGCUGGUGAAGCAGGUCACGUACAAAGGCAAGGAUGUCGAGGCAGCUUGGCCACUUGGUGCUGCCAUUGAUGCUAUUUCGUCUUAG